AUGACAAGUAGAAUUCGAUUAGUACGAUCCAUGGUGAAGGCAGCAGCUGUGGUCAACGUUCCCAGACACGUUGAGCAUUUCUCCAAAUUUUCUCCAUCUCCCCUUUCCAUGAAGCAAUUCUUGGAUUUUGGUUCAACAAAUGCAUGUGAGCGCACAUCAUUCGUCUUUCUCCGUCAAGAGCUACCUGUGCGUUUGUCUAACAUAAUGAAGGAAAUCAACCUGCUGCCAGACAAACUAUUGGCCACACCCUCUGUACAACUGGUCCAGAGCUGGUACAUACAAAGUCUGAUGGAGAUCUUGGAUUUUCUGGACAAAAGCCCAGAUGACCAGAGAACUCUUGAAAUGUUUGUUGACGUAUUGGAAGCAAUCAGAAACAGGCACAAUGAGGUGGUCCCCACCAUGGCCCAGGGAGUCAUCGAGUACAAGGAGGCUUUUGGCCAGCAAGAUGCUGUUACCGACCAUAACAUCCAGUACUUCCUGGACCGCUUCUAUACUAGCCGAAUCUCCAUCCGCAUGCUCAUCAACCAACACACGAUUGUCUUCAGCGGAAGCAGAAAUCCAACUCAUCAUGACACCAUUGGUUGCAUUGACUCCAUGUGUGAUGUGCCUGAGGUUGUACGAGAUGCUUACGAAAGCGCCAAGUUAAUGUGUGAACAAUAUUACCUGGGAGCACCCGAGCUGGAGCUGAGACAAAUGAAUGCUAACAGUAACGGGCAGCCCAUUCAGAUCUCUUACAUCCCAUCUCACCUGUACCACAUGCUGUUUGAACUUUUUAAGAAUGCCAUGAGGGCAACCAUUGAGAACCACGAAGCCAGUAGGAUCCUCCCUCCCAUCAAAGUUCUGGUUGCAGUUGGUGGAGAGGACUUGUCAAUUCAGAUGAGUGAUAGAGGAGGUGGAGUUCCAUUUAGGAAGACAGAGGGUCUUUUCAGCUACAUGUACUCCACAGCUCCCAGACCAGACAUGGGAGUGAAACAUAGAGCCCCUCUGGCUGGUUUUGGCUAUGGAUUGCCUAUUUCUCGCCUGUAUGCUCGCUACUUCCAAGGAGACUUACAGCUGUAUUCAAUGGAGGGUUACGGCACCGAUGCAGUUAUACACCUGAAGGCAUUGUCGACUGACUCAGUAGAGAGGCUGCCAGUUUUCAACAAAACUGCACUUCGCCACUACAAGCUGAGUUUGGAAGCAGAUGAUUGGUGUGUACCCUCUAAGGAGCCGCUGGAUCUUACAGUUUUUCGAAAUGCCAAAUGA